AUAAGAAUGUCCCAGCCAACGCUCAACUCGAGCUUCAGCGGUAUCAACUUCGUCGGAAUGAAUCGUAACUCCAGACUGUCUUACACUAGUCUCAGGGCGGCUUCUGGGGACAACAGCAUCAACGAGGAGGAGAGACUGUCAGCGCGAAGCGUGCAAGGCUUCGGCGGUGGAAGCUCGAGGGGAAGUUUAACGAUGGAUCAAGGUACCUCGAGAUUGUCACAGCCGGACGUAACGAGAUUUAUCAUGCGCCAGGACGUAUCGGCGAAGAGGGAUCGACUCUCCCAGUCCACUCUAGUUAUCGGUGAUUACCACCCUGGUCGUGGCCAGCAGAGAUUAUCCCAACCUUGCCUAAGCACGGGGAAAGAUCUCAAUUUGCCCACGAUGGUUUUCCAUUCUCCCUCCCCGCCGCCGGUGAAGCACAAGAGAUUCUCCCCUGCCAUACACGCCAGCCAGAGGGAUCGUCUGUCGCAGCUGGACAUUGGUGCUAAAUACAGAAAUUUCAAAGAGUCCGCUGUGACGAAGUUCAAUCGUGAUAGAUUCUCAAUACCGGAACUGGAGACGCAGAACGAUCUUAAGCUGAUAGCUGGCACGCCGAAGCAACGAUUCAGUUUGGACAGUCAACUGACACGUAACCAGGAUGUCACUCGGUCCAGGCUAUUGCCGAUAGCCAGUUCACCCAUCAGUGAACACCAACAGCCGAAGAUCGAGGAGCAAACAACGAUCCCUGCCGGUAAACUUAAGAGUCCCACCAGAGAAGGCCUUGGAAGUGUACUCGUGGCAAGUACAACUCCAAUUCUACCACCGAAUGAAAGGCAACUACUGUCAACCGAAUUGAACAAAAUAGCGACGGCGGUCAGUUCGAUACAGCAGAAGAGUCAAAGGACAACGCUUAGAGCAAACAAGCUUCAUAGAUCGGUCUCGCCGAUUCCUACCAGGGAAAGGAUGUCGGUGCCCGAGAUAAGAAAUUCGAGUCUCCGUCGAUUGCUCGAUCCACCAGCGAGGCAAAGACACAGCAUUACGGGCAAUCUGAGACAGAGCAUAAUCUCCCCGAUCAAACCCCUCGACUUUGGCAGAAAGUCGCCGAAGCAUUUGUUCGAGGAGGCUCUGGAAAGAUUUUGGAAGGACGAGAAAGAUGAGAAUCGAAGGAACGAGAUGUCGAAUUCGGAGACAAUCGCCGACAUUGCCGACGAGCCCAAACACAUUCAGAAACAUUACUCGUACACGUACGAAACGGACGACGGUUCCUCGAUACUUGGAAAGAUAAGCAUGUCCGCGAUACCGAAGAAGAAAUACUUAGAGAGUAAUUUCGAUGAAAACGAACAGGUGAUCACCACGGUGAUCGAAACCGACGUGCCAAUGAUAACGGCCAAUCCGAAGUACGUGAAGAAAUCGUCGUACUCGAGCGAGACACCGAAGUGGAUUCGAAAGUAUUUGGAGGGCGAAAGCCCGAAGAUAGGAAGAAAGACGACGAGCAACAAAGAGAAAUCUAACAGAAGAAACAGUCGGAGGAAAAGCUCUUUGGAAUCGGUGGAAGGCGAGAAAAUUACAGACAAAGUUCGUUCGAAGUCGGUGAGCAGCGGUGAAAGGAGUCCGAUGCUAAGGAACACCGGCAUACAGUACGAGUUGAAGAACAUGAAAAACACGUACGUGAGAAUCGUAUCCUCGAACAAAACUCAAGAGAACAGGUACGAGGUGAAGAUAGAGGACAGCUGGAUCCACGAGAACAAUCACGGACUGUAUGACGAUGAAUGCGACGAUACGGAUUCCGACGACUCUACGUCCAUUUAAAUUGAGCUAACGAUACUAACGAUAACUAACGAUCAAAUAAUGCAAGAACAAAAAUUUGUCCAACUGGAUCUAUAAUGAUAUUUAUAAAUUUGAGAGAUUGAGAAAUAAAUUCAUAUUCUGUACUUAAACCAUUCAAACGCUACGAAUUCUAUGAAAAUUAAUAUUUUCCACCGGUUACCAAUCGAAGACCAUUUGCAACAGGUAACAGUUUGAUUAGCCUAAAGCACACAUACCCUUGAGAACGAAAUAACGAAAACUGACAUGUACGAUCUCAAGUAUUUUUUUUUUCGUGUACACCAUGAACUGACAAUUA